AUGUCUUUCAGUAUUACGCGUUCAUGGCGAGUAUCGCGAACAGCGGGCCUGCUCCGGCCAUGCUCAAUUGCCCCUCGUCGAUGGGGAAGUUCAAUCUCACAGCGGCCUGGUUCGGAUCGAGUGCAUUUUCCAGGUGCUGUGGAUAGUAAAUUUACCACCGAUAUGACGUUUCUCAAGGCCUCGGAUCUUCCUGCAAUCCCUACCUACAGAGUGAUCGACUCAGACGGUGAAUUGGUCGAUAAGACGCGUGGACCUCCCGAUGUGUCUGAUGAGGAGGUUUUGACAUGGUACAAGAAUAUGAUGACUGUCAGCAUCAUGGAUGUGGUGAUGUUCGAGGCACAGCGACAAGGGCGCUUGAGUUUUUAUAUGGUUUCGGCCGGAGAAGAAGGUAUUGCUGUUGGGUCUGCUGCAGCAUUGACACCAGACGACGUGGUUUUCGCUCAGUACCGAGAAACCGGUGUCUUCCAACAACGAGGCUUUACGCUCAAGAAUUUCAUGAGUCAGUUAUUCGCAAACUGCAAUGACAAGGGUCGUGGCAGAAAUAUGCCUGUGCACUAUGGCCAAAAGUAUCCUCGCAUUCACACAAUUUCAUCACCACUGGCUACUCAAAUCCCACAAGCUUCUGGUGCAGCCUAUGCACUGAAAAUUCAAGACUUGCAGAAUCCUAACAGGGAACCUCGCAUCGUGACCUGUUAUUUCGGUGAAGGCGCAGCAAGUGAAGGCGACUUCCACGCAGCACUCAACAUCGCCGCAACCCGGUCCUGUCCGAUCGUGUUCCUGUGUCGAAAUAACGGCUACGCUAUUUCUACACCCACUCUGGAACAAUAUCGCGGCGAUGGAAUCGCCAGUCGAGGUAUAGGGUACGGCAUUGAUACGAUCCGGGUAGAUGGCAAUGAUAUCUUUGCCGUUUACGAAGCAACUAAAGAAGCAAGAAAACGAGCGUUAAGUGACGGAGGCCGCCCCGUUUUGAUCGAGGCGAUGAGCUACCGUGUUUCUCAUCAUAGUACGAGUGAUGAUAGCUUUGCGUACCGGGCGCGCGUGGAAGUGGAAGACUGGAAACGUCGCGAUAAUCCGAUCAUCCGGUUGCGGAAGUGGCUUGAGAAUAAGGGGUUGUGGAGUGAGGAGCAGGAGAAGGAGACGAAGGAAUCAUUGAGGAAGGCCGUAUUGAAGGAGUUUAGUGAGGCAGAAAGGGAGAAGAAGCCUCCUCUCCGUGAGGCGUUUACGGAUGUUUAUGAGGAUAUUACCGAGGAGGCGAGGGAGCAGAUGGGUGAGCUCAAGCGGAUUUUGGAAACCUAUCCGGAUGAGUAUGAUCUGAGACCAUUUAAGGAUGGUGUCAAGGGAUUGGAAUGA